UGUAUUUUUAGUUGCCACGGUGAGGUCAAGCGCUUCAGAGUACCUUUUUUUUUUCUUUUUUAAAAAUAGACAUUUAAAUUUUUUAAAAUAAAUUACUCGAAAACAAAUAAGGGUAGCGAUAGUGCGUGUUCCCUCUGCUCUGGUGCAGACGCCCACAAGUGUUAAAAACUCGAAUGUAAAAAAUACUGUUAUGAUUACAAAUCAUAGAAAGUGUUUAAACAUUCACAAAUUGAAUAUUUGUGGAUACAGUUUGUGUGCGAGUGUCAUUCUGUGCAUCGAAUAAGAUUCGACCUUACUUAGAAUUAGCAGUCUACGAUGGAUUGGCACUGAGAUGCCAUCGAAUUUAAUUUGAUAGGAUUAAAAAUUUGUGAGGGCAUGAUACGGUUUUGAUUCCAAGUAAUGAGGGAGUCACAAGAAGAUGACAUUUGUAAACAUUUUCAAAGAUUUUUACUCUGAAUCUGAUUCCUUUGACAAUCAUUAUGAUAAUGACCGAAACUACACAAAUGCGCUGAUUGAACAAAGUGAUAGAUGUAAUCCGCUGGAUAAUACAGCUCAGAAGAAAACUGCACACAGCGACUGGAAUGAGGCUGUCAGCGCUUGGAAGAAUACAGUACCAUUCCCGCGGUAUGUGCCGACCUCCGCUGUCUCUAACGUCAUCAAACGUCAGAACCGUGACGUUAAUAAAGUUGAGGAGUCGGAAAGUAACAUAUCCGUCAAAUGUGUGGGUGAAGAUUUUGACACGUUCCCUGUUCCAGGCUGGAAAGCCAACGUAGAACAGGGGACGUACCGUUACGUCACAAACAAUGCCUAUUACAGGACGGUGAAAAUACUGGACUAUCGUGACAGAAGAGAGUGGUACACUAUAAACAAAAAACACCCGGAGAUAGUUUCUAUGCACUGGCAAAAUAAAAGACACAAUAAGGAGAUGAAGCGGAAUUUGAGAAGGGAUUUGGAAGUAAAGUUUCACAACCACAACCGUCGACAGCAAUCGAUUGUCUUAGAAAAAGUGCAAGAUAAUACCGCAAGUGUUACACCAAGCGACAUUAAGGUAGAACAUGUUGAGAGUAUUCGUGUUCCUAGUGUGCAAUUGGAGGCACCAAAAUCUAAUCGAGACUACAUAAGCGACUGCAAACACGAAAUGAACAAUAAUUCAGAUACGCUAAACAAUGCCUCUAGUGACUUGAACAUCGACAAAAUCUCUUCAAGGAUAACUGUUCUAAAUGAAGAAUUGAGACGUGAUUCAAAGCUAAGAAAAUCGCACGAAGUCACGGACAUAUCAAAACUUUUGCUUCAGACGAAAGGCAAAGACGUAUCUUCGAGAAAUUCGCCCAUUAAGAAGAAAGACGGACAAAACGCGACAGAGACAAUGACAGUAAGAUCUGUGGCUCGAAGAGGAGAGUUAAAACAACUUGAGAGAGCGGAGCUGAAACCGAUGGAGAGGGGCGAAUUAAAGCCUGUGGAAAGAGUUACGCCCUCUCAGAGAUUAAUCGCCGCGGAGUCAAAGAAAUCUAAAAACAACCAACUACGGUACACUAAUUCUACCGGAAGUGAUGCGGCAUCAAUCAGUGUUCCUUCUAUUCCUGACAAUUUUCAAAUUGCUAGUCCAGAUCUCGAAAAAGCUCUUAACUCUUACAAAAUGGCAAUAGAAACAACUAAACAAUCACUGUUCAAUACUCUAACUGGCAAUAAAGGCCAGAGGCGGACGACGGGAGGGGGCGGUAAGGUCACUCACUCUGCUCCCCCUUCUGUGUGUGAAACUGCUUCACUCCCCCUCUCAGAACAGCCCCCGUCAGAGGGGGUCCAGAGCUAUUCUAGUCUAGGGGGCAAGGAGAAAUCUUCGAGCAAAAAGCAUUCCUUUUCUGGACUUCUGCCUGAAAUUGCUGGUAAACGUUUAGAAGUGGGAACUACUAUCAACAGGUGGUUAUAGAAACAACUGCAAAUUAUUCCUAGUGGAAAAGACAAAUUGAAUUGAAUUCUAUGUUCGUCUCUAUUUACAGAUACUCGUAUUUUAUAAAAUUAUUAAUGAAUCAGCAUGAAGUCUUAUGUUGUAUUCGAGCAUUUAUGACACAUUGAAUAAUAUUAAGCACGCACCUGCUUGAGAGGUGAAAAUUUUGAUAAAAGUUUUAAUGUUACACGAAAUAUAGCAUUAGAGAAAUUGCUAUUUUCAAUAUUAAGAAGAGAAAAUUCCUCAAUAUUCGCACGUUGUGGAAUUUUAAUAGGCCAUCACUUAUACC